CCAACGCCCUAGUCAACGGAAUGUAAACAUCCACCGCUACGUCAUCGUGAGCUAGAUUGUGUCAACUCUUUGGUCCAGGCCUUCUUGAUGUCUUUUCAGACGAAAGCUAGACCAGUGAGGCAAGCUGCUGCAUCAUGAUAUUGAAGUCGACGGACAAGACCUCCGGCUUACAGGCUCGGGCACAACAUCAGGCGCUGAGCACAAACUUUCGGACUAUAAACAAACAUGCCGUCUAUGCCCCUAGCAGCAGCAGCAGCAGCAGCAGCACUAACCUAGGCGGCCGCCCUCCCCUUCCCCUUUCCUCUCCCAUCACCUACCCCGCCAUCAUCACUACCACCAUCGCCACCACCAUCACCACCGGCCUCUUCGAGAGCGCCCAGCAGUGGCAGCGGCUCGACGAGCUGUGCGCGCCGACGCAGACCGCGCCAUCCGCGACGCCUGGGUGCGGCACCGCGACGUUCGUGCCGUGCUCCGCGUGCCCUGCGAGCCGGCCGUGGCAGAGGUGGCAGCGGUGGGAGGUUGGGAGGGAGGGGUUUGAGCGGGCGGUUGGGGGUGAGGGGGAUUUGUAUGUGGGCAUUGCUCGGGAGUAUGGGCACGCGCAGGCGGAGGAGGUGUGGGAGACUCUGCGGGUGUGGGAUUACUUGCCGGCGAACCACCGGAAGACUCGCGUCCACGACAAGCCCAGCCCGCAGGAAGUCCUCUCGGUUCUCGAGCGGGUUAAGAUCGAGCACGGGGAUGUUGAGGCCGGGGUUCUGAGGCUCUGGGUGUUGGAGAUGGCGGAAUGGAUAUAG